AUGGCUGCUGCAGCCACUGCCCUUAGACAGAUUGGCCAUCCCCUGGCCACAGGAUCUAGCCACUUGGAUAGAUGUGCAUGCUUCUCUCCCAAUCCUGCAGGGUUUCCAGUGGAUCCAAGAAAGGUGCUAAUAGUCGCUGGCCACCACAACUGGAUUGUAGCUGCCUAUGCGCAUUUCGCCGUUUGUUACAGGAUCAAAGAGUCUUCAGGGUGGCAGCAGGUGUUUACAAGCCCGUACCUGGACUGGACCAUUGAACGAGUGGCUUUAAAUGCAAAAGUGGUCGGAGGUCCUCAUGGAGACAAAGACAAAAUGGUGGCCGUGGCUUCCGAGAGCAGCAUCAUCCUGUGGAGUGUUCAGGAUGGAGGGAGUGGCAGUGAAAUCGGUGUGUUCAGUCUUGGUGUUCCUGUAGAUGCCCUCUUCUUUAUUGGGAACCAGUUGGUGGCCACAAGUCAUACAGGGAAAGUGGGAGUGUGGAAUGCUGUCACUCAGCAUUGGCAGGUGCAGGAUGUUGUUCCCAUAACCAGUUAUGACACUGCAGGCUCCUUCCUUCUCCUGGGAUGCAACAACGGAUCGAUAUAUUACAUAGACAUGCAGAAGUUCCCAUUACGCAUGAAGGAUAACGACCUCCUUGUCACUGAACUCUAUCACGACCCCUCCAAUGAUGCCAUCACUGCGCUGAGUGUUUACCUCACCCCCAAAACAAGUGUCAGCGGAAACUGGAUCGAGAUCGCCUACGGUACGAGCUCUGGAGCCGUGCGAGUGAUAGUGCAGCACCCGGAGACUGUCGGGUCAGGGCCGCAGCUCUUCCAGACCUUCACGGUGCACCGCAGCCCCGUCACGAAGAUCAUGCUGUCCGAGAAGCACCUGGUGUCAGUAUGUGCCGACAACAACCAUGUCCGUACGUGGACAGUGACACGGUUCAGAGGGAUGAUCUCCACUCAGCCAGGCUCCACUCCUUUAGCGUCAUUCAAGAUCCUGUCCUUGGAGGAGACAGAAAGCCAUGGCAGCUACUCCUCUGGAAAUGACAUAGGACCUUUUGGAGAACGAGAUGAUCAACAAGUGUUUAUCCAGAAAGUUGUUCCCAUCACUAACAAGCUGUUUGUCAGGCUGUCAUCCACUGGAAAAAGGAUUUGUGAGAUCCAGGCUGUCGACUGCACUACAAUAUCCUCAUUCACCGUGAGAGAGUGUGAGGGCUCCAGCAGGAUGGGCUCACGGCCAAGGCGCUACUUGUUCACAGGCCACACGAACGGCAGCAUCCAGAUGUGGGACCUGACCACAGCUAUGGACAUGGUCAACAAGAGUGAGGACAAGGAUGCAGGUGGCCCCACUGAGGAGGAACUGCUCAAGCUGCUAGACCAAUGUGACCUGAGCACGUCCCGCUGUGCUACCCCCAACAUCAGUCCUGCCACAUCUGUGCUUCAGCACAGCCGCCUUCGGGAGUCCGACUCCAGCCUUCAGCUCCAGCACCAUGAAACCAUCCAUGAAGCAGCCACGUACGGGGCGACACGGCCUUACCGGGAGAGCCCUUUGUUAGCCCGAGCCAGGAGGACCGAGAGCUUCCACAGCUACAGGGACUUCCAGACUCUCAGUCUCGCCAGAAACUCAGAGAGGCCGGGCCCAGAAAACGGUCACGUGGGUCCAACCCAGGCAGCAGGGGAAGGCAGUGUGUCUGAGAGAAAGUCCCCUGGGGCAGAGCUGGGGCAUGUGAAAGAGUUAGACAGUGGGUUCCAAGUGCAGAGAGCAGCCGAAGGGGUGCCAGAGUCCAAGAAACGGUCGUCAGAGGACGACGGUGAGCAUAAAGUGGAGUUGCGGAAGAAAGGGUUUGAAGCAGGAGGAUUCCUUGGUAGAAAGAAGGUUCCCCAUCUGGCAUCCUCACCAAGUACCUCCGAUGGAGGGACCGACUCUCCUGGUACGGCAUCCCCAUCUCCAACAAAGACCACUCCGUCACCACGGCACAAAAAGAGUGACUCCUCGGGCCAGGAGUCCAGCUUGUGAACUCACAAAGUGCAUGAUUGUUUUGGUAAAUUUACAUGAAGAACAAACCUCCCUGGGUUUCCGUACAUUGGCUUUUACAUCAGAACUCCAUAGGCUACAAUUUGACCUGCUUAGUGUUUUCUGGACCGACUCUGCUGAGGCAGGGGCAGAGCAUAUUUGGGGCGCAGGGACGCGUUCCUGGACAGCUCAGAAGUAGCCCCAGUCCUGCAGGCACAUGUAAGAGCAGUUUGUAAGCAGGAGUCAUUGCCCGGCUGCCCUCUCUACUGGCUUCUGUCCCAGCACCAUGGUAGUGCCCUUAGAGCAGGUGAGGCGGUGGGCCCAGUUGCCCAAGGCUUGUCUUGCAGUGGUACCUUAACGUUAAUCACAGAAUCUCCUUGGAAUGUGGCUCCCAACCCUUGUGAAUGCGAAGUGUUUACUAGAUACUUGAUGAGGUGCUAUGUUGUGAAAAAGUCUCAUGUAACUCAAAACACUAUUAUUGGACCCCAGGCUCCACUGUGCACUACGUCUUUAGGGUUGUUUUACUUCCUUGUGGUCAUUUUCUGAUGCUUGUUGUUGGGAGAUACUGCAGCAUGCACCACCAGUGUUUGAUACCUGAAGUCUCUCCAGUGGGAACAAGUGUCCGUGUCUGAAUAGGUAAAAUAAUGACGACAGGGGAAGCCGGGUAUCCAGAAGGGCAGCCCUCUGUUUGCUGCUUUGCCUACCUUAGGAGCCACUGUGUUUUUUCAGUGUCUCACAGGAUUGGAGUUCUGGAUUUGGAGUAAAAUGCUUCCAUAUGUAAAACUGUUGUUUUGACUUUAUUUUGAAUUCUGAGGGCAAAAGAAAUAUUUUUGUACAUUUUCUUCAUUUAAUUGGAAUGAUUUACACAUUUCUGUAAAUGGAGAAAAUGUAAAUUUAAACCUAUGAGUGAAUAAUGUAUAACUCCCAUUCCCAGAAGUAUAAUGAAGUUGGAAAAAAUUCUUUAAAAUUAACUAUAUUGUCAGUGGUUUCACAAAAAUCCCCUUGUAUUUAUUUGUCAAUUAAAUCAAAUGAGAAAGGUUAA